AUGGCCGCGUCGCCACCGCCGCUGCGCCUCUUGGGGGCCCUGCUGGUGACCCUACUCGGGGCGCCCCCCUCCUCCACUGCCUGGCCUGUCGUCGCCAACUCCAGCGCCGCCCCGACGGUGGAGGUGAGGCUGGGGGUGCUGCUGCCGGAGCACAGCCUGGGCUACUCCUGGGCCUGGCCGCGCGUCAAACCCGCCCUGCGCCUGGCGCUGGAGGCCCAGCUGCGCCGCGCCCGCCUCGACGUCGACCUCGCCUUCGCCUCCACCGAGGACGAGAACGGCGACUGCGACUCCAGUGUGGCCAUGUUCAAGGCCGCGGAUAUGAAGUGUUCCCAGGAUCCCGACGUGCUGCUGGGGCUGGGCUGCUUCUACACCAGCUCCGAAGUGGCGCCCUUAGCCCAGCGCUGGCAGCUGCCGCUCCUUCGAGCCGGCGUCUACCAGAGGCGCCGAGAUUCCAGCACGACGGUGUUCGGCGGCCCCGUCCAGUGGCCGAGCCUGGGAGCCUUCCUCACCCAGCUGCACCGGCGCUUCCACUGGACCUCCCAGGCCGCCUUUGUCCUCAGCCACAUCUUUUACCUGGAAUACUUUGAGCGGCACCUACCAGCCAGCCCCGGCUUCACCGUCCGCGUUCACGAAUAUAAGCAGCCCGGCGAGGCUGUCCGCUUCAUCCGGGCCGAGGGGCGAGUGGUCUACAUCUGUGGGUCCCUGGAGAUGUUGCAGGAGAUCAUGCGCAUGGUGCAGUCUCAAAACAUGACCAACGGUGACUACAUCUUCAUGCAUGUUGACAUAUGGGGGGAAAGCCUGCAAGCUGAGGGGCAUCAUGAGGCUUUCAAGUCCUGGCAGAGCAAGGAGAGCCAAGAUGUGGGAGAUUUCCAAGAGGCCUUCCAGACGGUGCUGGUGGUCACUCCCCAUGAGCCCCAAACCCCCGAAUACCGGCAUUUCCAAAGCCAACUGAUCCAGCGUGCCCAGAGAGACUUUGGUGUGGCACUCAAUGACUCGCUGGGGACGCUGGUGGCCGGCUGCUUCCAUGAUGUGCUGCUGCUUUAUCUCAGGGCGCUGAGUGAAACGCUGCAGGAAGGUGGAACCAAGCGGGAUACCAGCCGCAUCCUGGAAAAGAUGAGGGGCCUGAAAAUCCAGGGUGUCACUGGGACAGUGAGCAUCAACAGCAACAAUGACCGAGAGAUGGAUUUCGACCUGUGGGCCAUGAAGGAUGUAGAGAGUGGAGAAUACCAGGUGGUGGCUCAUUACAUGGGACUAGAGAAGCAGAUCAACUGGACAAGGCCUAUUCAUUGGAAGAAGGGGAGCCCUCCUCUGGACAACCCAAACUGUGUCCUCAACAGGAAUGACCCCUCCUGUGGUAAAGGUUUUCUUUGA